AUGUCAUCACAUUGGCAGGAGAAGGACUGGCUGGCCAGACAGCCCAAGCCAUGUCAGGUUUGCUCAGGCUCCGGCAAGUGCAUCGGAUGCUUGGGCAUCGGCUCGAAUCCUGUGAUGUACCUGGCAGCCAACGUGAACCGACACAACACGAAGGGAGCCUACGGCCGGCGAUUGCAAGGCUGUGAUGGCUGCUUCGGGUUCAAGCAGAACAUGAUGGCUGAGCUCAAAAAGGGCACCGGUCGCUGUCCAAACUGCGACGGCUGGGGCAAGAUCCGGCCUGACAUAGACCUCACUUCGCCGACGGGGCGAACGAAGAGGAACAGCAUCUGCGCUCAACCCACUGGACGGAAGCUUACCUCCGCAUGGUCAGGUCUCUGA